GGACCGAUCGCCUCCCGCUGCCCGGGCCCGGCCGCCGCCGCCGCAGAUAUAUUAUAAAAUGUCCAAUGGUUAUGAAGAUCACAUGGCUGAAGAUUGCAGGGAUGAUAUUGGUAGGACAAAUUUAAUUGUGAACUACCUCCCUCAGAACAUGACGCAGGAUGAAUUACGAAGUCUUUUCAGCAGCAUCGGCGAAGUGGAAUCUGCAAAACUUAUUCGGGACAAAGUUGCAGGGCACAGCUUAGGCUACGGCUUCGUGAACUACGUAACUGCAAAAGAUGCUGAAAGAGCAAUAAACACACUGAAUGGCCUCAGACUUCAGUCAAAAACUAUCAAGGUUUCCUAUGCCCGCCCAAGUUCUGAAGUUAUCAAGGAUGCUAAUUUAUAUAUCAGUGGCCUGCCCAGGUCAAUGACACAGAAGGAUGUAGAAGAUAUGUUUUCCCGUUUUGGGCGCAUCAUCAACUCCCGUGUGCUUGUGGAUCAAACCACAGGUUUGUCCAGAGGGGUCGCAUUUAUCCGGUUUGACAAAAGGUCAGAAGCAGAAGAGGCAAUUACAAAUUUCAAUGGUCACAAACCCCCAGGUUCCUCCGAGCCCAUUACAGUGAAGUUUGCAGCCAACCCCAACCAGAAUAAAAAUGUGGCACUGUUGUCGCAGCUGUGUCAUUCACCAGCUAGACGGUUCGGAGGGCCAGUGCAUCACCAGGCGCAGAGAUUCAGGUCAGCAGAGAAUCAGGAUCUGCCACGGCCCUGCUCUUGGCAGAGAGCAGCUCGUGUACCACUUUUAAGGGGUUUGCAAAUCACCAGUGGUGAACCUCAGUUUGGGAACCCCUGGUUCUCUCCUAUGGGUGUAGAUCACAUGAGUGGGCUUUCUGGUGUAAAUGUUCCAGGAAACGCAUCUUCUGGCUGGUGUAUCUUCAUCUACAACCUUGGUCAAGAUGCUGAUGAGGGAAUCCUCUGGCAGAUGUUUGGCCCCUUUGGUGCGGUUACCAAUGUGAAAGUUAUUCGAGAUUUCAACACCAACAAGUGCAAAGGUUUUGGUUUUGUGACCAUGACAAACUAUGAAGAAGCUGCAAUGGCCAUAGCAAGUCUUAAUGGCUACCGCCUGGGGGACAAAAUCUUACAGGUUUCCUUCAAAACCAACAAGUCCCACAAAUAACUUGCUCGUGCUUUUUGUAUGGAAUAGAUAAUGGAGUGACAGAAGUUGAAACAUUUUUGUUAGUGUAAAACUCAUUUUGCGCCAAUUUUCACAAGUGUUUGUCUUAGUCUAAAUAAGAAGUGAAAAGGUUUUAUAUUCUGGGAUGCAACUGACAUGUUCAAAUGUUUGAAAUCCCACAAUGUUAGACCAAUUUUAAGUUUCUUUAAGUUAUUUCAUUUAAAACAUGUUAAAAUUCCCCUGAAAUCUUAAGUAGAUUGCAUUAACUAGAUCCUCUGGAUGGUGGUAAAAUUGAAGCAUGCUUUCACUUAUGAGACUAACAUUUGUUUCAUUGAAUGUUGUCUGCAAAAACUGGAAUUUUCUGAAAAAUAUCAGGCUGAAUUCAUUGAUUUUCUUUGGUUUUAUGUUGUUCUUCCUACCCAUCCCCCCCUGUCCUUUUGUUCCCCCACAGUUUCAGUAGUAUGGAAGAAUAGAUGAGAAAUACUAAUGUUUUAGUUGACAGUAAACUGUUUGAUCAAUUAAUAUUCAUUACUGUGUGUCUAGUUGAGGAUCAGGCUUUUUAAAGUCAAGGUCUUGUAAGUAGUAGCAUGCCAGCCUAACUUUUAACACCAUUGAGGAGGUAAGUUGCACACUGAGCAGUGGCCAAGCUGUCCAAUUUGCAGGUUUUAGAAAGGUGACUUCUAAAGCCCAUUUUGAGAGGAAUGGACCAAAGAGUUUCAGAGAAACUCCAGGAAGAUUUCAGAGUCAAAAUGAAACUCCAAAAAAGCGAGUGUGAAAAUAUGUUGCUACUUUAUCAGACUGAAUCUCUUCUGUCCAAAUAUUUAAUGCAUGGUGCACUACUUACUGGUACAUUAUAAUACAGCAAGAUACUUACUCAUUUUCCAAGAGCAUUGUAGUUGGAAUUCCUUUGGCAGUUAUAUAUUUUAUAAAGAAAAACCAGUUAUAAACAUUUGAGCAUUGUAUUUCUCGCAUCCCUUUUAAUGAGUGCUAGGUUUUCUAUUUUAAUAGGUUUUUGUUUUGACAACUAGCUUUACUUAUUGAACACUCAGCAGAAAAGUACUUACAACUUGCAAGUUAGAUAUUAACCAAAAACCCCUUUGAUUUGUAGAUUUAAAGAUUAAUCCCCCAGGUUUUCUGCAGACUGCCUUGAAACUUUGAGUUGUUCUGUUUCUGUUAAUUUUCUUUUGCUUUUUUGUGUUUUUUGUUUGUUUUUACUUUUGCAUUUAAGAACAUUAAAUUUGAUUUUGUUUUGCUCAAA